CGACCAACGAAGGCGCCAAACUACAAUCACUGGUGCCCACCACGAUGCUACCGCUCUGCCGUCGCGUGCUGGUCCGCGCUUGCUCGACGCUGCCACCGGCGCCCGAGGUCAUUGCGCCCAAGAACUAUGGCGACUUCAACACGCUCGCUGCGGAGGUACGCGCGAUCGCCAAGGCGCAGGCCAAGAAGCGCCUAGAGAUGCCCGACACGCAGCUACUCAAGAGCCUCGAGCGCAACGACCUCAUCCACGCCAUUCGCAAGAAGCACGGCGGCUUCGUUGCGGUUGCCCAAAAGCUGAGUUUGCCUAUUGUGACCAACACCACGAGCACCGAGGUCCAUAAAAAGCUGGCGGUGCGUCAAAAGCGACGACGCGCGCGGCUCGUCGACCUCAAGAAACACAACGUAUUUUAAGAAAUCAGGGCCAACUAACCGCCUUUGUCUUCUUCAAGCAACCUGCGACGGGUCCCUGCGCUCUCGACGGUCUUGUGGCCGUUUGUUUGCACUGGCAUAACGCUACCAACGCACAUGACCUCGUCGACAAACUAGCGAC